AUGGGGAAGACAGAGCUACACUCUGUGUACAAAAGCUUCCUGGACUGUCUUUGCCUGUGUUUGUCACGUGGAAGUGAUGAACCAGCAACUGAGACUGGCAGGGACACGGCGAAUGGCCACCUGGUCUACAAAAAUGGAGACAUUCUAGAGGACCGAUAUGAGAUCCUCGACACGCUCGGCGAAGGAACCUUUGGGAAGGUGGUGCAAUGUUUGGAUCACAGAAGAAAUGGACGACAAAUUGCUCUGAAGAUCAUUAAAAAUGUCGAGAAGUACAGGGAAGCAGCCAAAUUGGAGAUUAACGUGCUGGAGAAAAUUAGACAGAAAGAUCAGCACAACCUAUACCACUGUGUGCAGAUGCUGGAUUGGUUCAACUACUACGGCCACAUCUGCAUCUCUUUCGAGCUCUUGUCACUCAGUACUUUCGACUUCCAGAAAGGCAACAACUUCCUGCCUUACCCCAUCCACCACAUCCGACACAUGGCCCAUCAGAUCUGCCGCGCCGUCAGCUUUCUCCAUGACAACAGGCUGACUCACACCGACCUGAAGCCAGAGAACAUCCUUUUUGUCAACUCUGACUACUCUGUCAUAUACAACGCUGACAAGAAGUGCAAUGAGAGGCGAGUCAACAACACCACUGUCCGUGUCGUUGAUUUUGGCAGUGCAACAUUCGACAUGGAGCACCACUCCACCGUCAUCUCCACGCGCCACUACCGAGCCCCUGAGGUCAUACUGGAGUUGGGUUGGAGUCACCCUUGCGAUGUUUGGAGUAUAGGUUGCAUCCUGUUUGAGUACUAUGAAGGAUUCACUCUGUACCAGACUCAUGAUAAUAAGGAGCAUCUUGCUAUGAUGGAACACAUCCAUGGACCGAUUCCACUGAGAAUGGCUCGAAGGAGCAGAAAGCAGUGCUAUUUCCACUGUGGCCGUCUCAACUGGAAUGAGAGUUCCAAGUCUGGACGCUACGUCAAAGCCAAAUGCAAGCCUUUGCGAAAGUACCUGUUGUCACAGGGCAGAGAACACCAUCACUUUUUUGACCUUCUGGAGAAGAUGCUGGAGUAUGAGCCUUCCAAACGCAUCACUCUUUCCUCUGCUCUCAGCCACCCUUUCUUUAUGCAAACUCAACAUUCAGACAGGGGUCAAACAGCCAGAAAUAGCUAUAAUAUGGGCAGAUAA